GUUUUUAUUUUUUUUUUGCCCUUUUACCUCCUUUUUUUGUUUUUGUCUUUUAUUUUUAUCCUCUUUCCUGUUUGUCCCUAACGGGUCUUUCAUCCCAUCCCACCUAUCAACCAUACCUACCUAUCCUUUAUCGACCUGCAUCAAACCGCCGCCUCGACAGACUCCCGACUCCAUGAAGCUAACGUCUCCCUCGCCUCGAGGAACAGCUGUGUUCAUGCCCGCUCCAACAAGUUUCUACAUCCGUCUUUCAUAGACCCUGCCCCUUUAGGGGGCCAACCGUCUCUCUCGCAUCUACACAAACUUCCUCGAAUCGAAAAUAACUGCCAGGAAGUAUGGCGGACCGAUCAGCACGCCGUGCGCGCCCUGGCGACGACUCUGUUGGACAGUUCGUCAUCGGGGCGGAGAUCGGAAAGGGCAGCUUCGCCCAAGUUUACAUGGGCAAGCACAAGGUAUCCGGUGCCGCCGUUGCCAUCAAGUCUGUCGAGCUGGCAAGACUCAACAAGAAACUCAAGGAGAACCUAUAUGGGGAAAUAAAUAUACUAAAGACUCUCCGACACCCUCACAUUGUUGCCCUUCAUGACUGCGUCGAGUCAGCGACACACAUAAACCUCAUGAUGGAGUAUUGCGAACUGGGUGACCUAUCGCUGUUUAUUAAGAAGAGGGAGAAACUGUCGACGAACCCGGCGACGCACGAUAUGGCUCGCAAAUACCCCAACGUGCCGAACUCUGGCCUAAACGAGGUGGUCAUUCGACACUUUCUCAAACAGCUCAGCAGCGCUCUUAAAUUCCUGAGAGAAGGUAACCUUGUACACCGAGACGUGAAGCCACAGAACCUUCUCCUACUUCCCUCGCCCGAGUUCCGGGAAGUGAACAAAUUAGCCCGCCCUAUCCUGACAGCAAGUCAGGACUCCCUUGUUCCGGUCGCCGGCCUUCCAUCGCUUCCUAUGCUGAAGCUGGCCGACUUCGGCUUUGCGAGGGUCCUACCGUCAACUUCCCUGGCCGAAACUCUUUGCGGCUCACCAUUGUAUAUGGCCCCAGAAAUCCUCCGUUAUGAGCGGUACGAUGCCAAGGCAGACCUCUGGUCUGUCGGGACUGUAUUAUUCGAGAUGAUCGUGGGCCGGCCGCCCUUCCGCGCCAGCAACCAUGUUGAGCUGUUGAGGAAGAUUGAAGCUGCUGAGGAUGUCAUCAAGUUCCCACGAGAGACUAUAAUAAGCUCAGAAAUGAAGGCACUCACAAGGGCACUCCUAAAACGGAAUCCUGUUGAGCGCAUCAGCUUUGAGAAUUUCUUUGCUCACCCUGUCAUUGUUAGUCCGAUACCGGGCUUGGUUGAAGAUGAUAUACCCAAGCCUGAAGCUAGCGAGCAGCGUAGCAGCAGCAAGGAUGCUAGGGCAGCAUCCAAGACCGAUGACCCUAUCUCUUCCCCUAGAAAGCAUUCCUUCCGACGUCACCCAACAGAUAACGACCAAAUCAGGGACCAGUUUCGAAGGGUUGAACCGCCAUCUUCUGCAGCGGAAAGCGCCCCUUCACGACAAACAUCAGCUCUCAGCGGUAUUGCCGCGGAGGCUAGAAAACAAGCAGCCGCGGCCGAAGCAUCAGCACGAACCGGCCAGUCACCACGGAAUGAACCUGGAGACGGCUUGGUCCCUCGCAGGCCGCAAGCGCAGCCUUCCACGUCGGCCCCAAUUAAACCGGGGCUGUAUGAAGAACGUCGUCGUGGAAUAUCGAACGCAUCGCUGAAUCGACCCACUCGUGAACCACCUUCCCCAACCAGUGCAGCUUUGGCCAGUGAUUCUGCAAGAGCGCCACGACAGCCAACUUCUGGGAGGGUGCAGGCGGAGGAGAGAGAGAAGGCUGCGCAGGAUGUUGCCUUUGAGCGGGACUACGUUGUUGUGGAGAAGAAGCAUGUUGAGGUCAACGCCUUCGCAGAUGAGAUGGCUGCCAACCCUAGACUCGGUGGCCAAGGCACGCCGCUGUCACCCAAGUCUGGGCAGAUUGUCCGAAGAGCAACCCAACAGGGAAAUCCUACUUCUACCACUGGCGCAAUUCCUGCAGCUCCAUCGCGCACAAUGCAGAUCGCACAGGGCACUCAGAGACACUAUCACGAGCGAGGGACCUCUCUCUCAGCCAGCCCGGGCUCAACUGCUUCCUUCAUCACCAAGGCUAUCCAAGACGCAAGCUUGCGACUGCUCGGGAUUAAGUACCCGGCUGGUCUGACAAAGGGUGCAUCCCCACCAGAGCUAUACAACCCGUACCCUGCCUAUCCUACCCCGUCCCCACCCGUUGGUCUCAUAAGCAGCGGAAAGCAGGGUACUCCGGUGGACGAGGAUGCGCGGGUCGCGCAGUUAAUCGAGGAGCACGCCACUCGCAGCGACGUCGUGUAUGGCUUUGCAGAGGUCAAGUACAAGCAGCUGGUGCCUCUUGCACCGUCGGUGGAACAUGGGCUGGGAGGAGCAGCGCUUGAAGAUAUGCCUACCAGCGAGGAAGACGUUCUCACGGUCGAGGCCAUCGUAUCCCUGUCUGAAGAGGCCCUGGUGCUUUACGUAAAAGCUUUGACGCUCCUUGCAAAGUCGAUGGAUAUUGCAAGCCUGUGGUGGGCUAGGAAGAAUCGAGGUGAUCAAGCAAACGGCGCUCUUUCUUCGACAAGGGACUCUGUUAACACGCAAACGCUAUCAUUGAGGAUCAAUUCUGCCGUUCAGUGGGUCCGCUCAAGAUUCAACGAGGUACUCGAAAAGGCUGAGGUGGUCAGGCUCCGGCUGAUGGACGCGCAGAAGCGACUCCCAGAUGAUCAUCCGAGCCAUCCUAACAAUCACCCACAAGGAUCAGAAUCAGUGAAUGGCGCAAGCGCAGAGGGCGUCUUCUUGACAGUGGGCGUGACUGCAGAGAAGCUCAUGUACGAUCGCGCUCUGGAAAUGAGUCGCACUGCUGCGAUCAACGAGAUCACCAAUGAAGAUCUGGCCGGGUGUGAGAUUUCUUAUGUUACAGCGAUCCGCAUGCUAGAGGCCGUCCUCGACAAUGACGAGGAUGCGCCGAAGCGAAGAUUGUCUGCAAACAUGGAUGAGGGCGGCGGCGAUGGAGAAGAUGGUCAUGCGGAGAUCAAUGCCGAUGACCAACAAGCCGUCCAGAAGAUGAUACACAUGAUCAGGUCUCGUCUUACCUCCGUACGCAGCAAGGUACGCAUGAUAUCCAACGCCUCAAAGGCCCAGCAACAAUCUCAGCAACAGAGCCUCAUUAGGCGUCGCAGCGGUGAUGUGACGCCGCGAAGUGUCCCUUCAUACACUUCUUGAUGCACUUAGAAACACUCGGACUCAACCGUGUCUUGUUUCUUGUUUUCACGACUUGACGACAGUUUUUCACAUUCACGAACUUGUUUUUAUUUUUCAUCGAUUUUACCAGAUUGCAGCCUCAGGGCGGUUUACUUUUUUUCGGAG